AUGGGGAGAACUCCCAAUGUUCCAUCAGGAACAACGGAGCAGCUGCUGCAGCUCGCACAUAGCCUUCGCAACACCAGCGAUCCCACUGCCCAGUCUCUGGCUUCCUCUCUGUCCACCAGACAGCUACUCAGAAUUUGCCGUCGUUUCUCUCACUAUCCAGAGGAGAGCGUCGCCCAUGCUGUCCACAAGGCCUGUCUGUCCAGAUUUCUACCAAGUUUGGCUCAAGGUUCUCUCGAAAAAAGCCUGGAGAAAUGCUCCAUUCUGGAAACGCCAGGUCGAGAUGAACAUAACCACGACUACACCUGUUCAGUAAAAGAUGGUGUGUUGACGAUUGGAAACAUAUCGGCUCCUGUUUACAGCCCCGAUGAGAAGAUAAAGGUUCCGGACGUUCUUUUCUACGACAAUCCGCAGCACUUGAUGGUGAUGGAGGACAUGCUAAAGGACUUCCUGUUAGGAGAGCACAUGCUAUUGGUGGGAAACCAGGGGGUAGGGAAGAAUAAAAUAGUGGACAGAUUUCUACACCUUCUCAACAGACCCAGAGAAUAUCUGCAGCUGCACAGAGACACGACUGUCCAGACAUUGACUCUGCAGCCAUCAGUACGAGACGGAAUCAUCACGUACGAGGACUCGCCAUUGGUGAAGGCAGUUAAGAUGGGUCACAUACUGGUGAUCGACGAGGCCGACAAGGCUCCGACCAAUGUCACCUGCAUCCUAAAAGCUCUGGUGGAGAGUGGAGAGAUGAUCUUAGCCGAUGGACGCAGAAUCAUCUCAGAUCCUGGUGAAGCUGAAACGAGGCCCAACUCUAUUAUCAUGCAUCCCGACUUCAGGAUGGUGGUGUUGGCCAACAGACCAGGGUUUCCUUUUCUGGGAAAUGACUUCUUCGGUGCUCUGGGUGAUGAAUUUUUUCUGCCUCCCGCCCCCCGCGCUGAGCUGGAGAUGCUGAAAAGCUAUGGUCCAGACGUUCCUGACGCCACGCUGCAGAAACUGGUGGCCGCGUUUGGAGAACUGAGGUCAAUGGCCGAUCAGGGAACCAUCACUUACCCAUACUCCACCAGAGAGGUGGUCAAUAUCGUCAAACACCUGCAGAGAUUCCCCAACGAGGGAUUGGCCAACGUAGUGCGGAACGUCUUUGACUUUGACUCGUACAACAAAAAUGUGAGAGAGGUUCUGAUCGAGGCCCUUCACAAGCACGGGAUUCCCAUUGGGGCCAAGCCCACGUCUGUCAACCUGGCAAAGGAAUUUCCACUGCCUCAAGUGACGAUGACGGGAUACUGGAAGAUGAACCAGAGCGGCGAUGUCCGUCGUAAGCUGCUGUGUCCCACUGAAACCAGACCUAUAGAUGUUAAGGGCCCUGUGUUCUUGCGUGUUCAGAGUUACCCUUGCAACAGACAAGAGAGCAGAGCGCUGAGCUUCACUGAGGAGAAAUCCCAUUGGCAGAUCCCUCUGAAUGAGGUCAACAUCAUCUGUGAUGUCGCCACCAAAGACGAUGUCGUGUAUGUGGCCACCUGUAACCCGGUCUCCCUGUUCUCCAUGAAGGAGCGUGGUGACACCAUCAACUACAUGGACCUAUACGACGUCUUCCCCAGAACCAUCAGCGGCGUCUGGCAGCCGUUUGUCACUAUUGCGGUGCUGGGAGGUCCACUGGAGGGACAGGUGGUCCUCCAAGAGGAGCAGAGUAACACUGUGCUGCAUCUGGACCUGGGAAGUGGUGCUGUCCGUAGACUGGCGUUGUCCCCCGACAGUGAUCAACCUGUAAGCGGAAUAUCCAACUGGUGGAGCAGCAAAGAGCAACAAGGAGGAUAUAAAAUGUGCACAGAAUUUGCACACAAAAACUGGCUCCUGUUCCACAAAGAGAACGGGAACAAGCUGGAGGUCCUGGAUGUGCUGGAGGGCAGGGUUCACUCUAUCUCAGUGCCCAUCAACCUCAAGUCUGUGUUUCUGGUAGCAGAAGAUCGUUGGUUACUGCUAGAGAGCGACACCAACAGGAAGUUCCUCCUGACAAAACCAUUGCAAAUGGCACCUGGAGACUCCGAGGUGUGUCAGCUCCAUGCCAUCGACGAGGAGUCAGUCAGCAAAGGAUAUGGAGUGGCUUCUGCUGAAGUGUUCGUACCGCACAUGGUGUCAUGUGGUCAACUUCCUAACGAGAAUCUCAGCGCAGCGCUGGACCAGAAGAUUGUGUCGCCCAAUAGGAUCAUGGCCGACACCGGCUGCUACGCUCAAGUGGUGGUGGGAUUUCCAGAUCUCAUCUCUGAAAAUGAAGUUUACAGCUGUAAGAGACCCGUUGAUCUCUCGGCGAUGAACAGUCGGUCCAGAUCGGUGGCCAAACGACAGAACUGCAUCAGUCUGCUCUCGGCCAAUCAGGUGGUUAGAGUGCUGCCCCCUGCCGAUGUACCUUUGAAGGAGAUUUACCCUAAAGACGUUACUCCUCCAAUGGCAGCAGGUUAUCUGGAGGUCACAGAUCUCAACUCCAAAAAAGUCAGAUACAUUCCCGUCCCCAGGUCAAUGAGGGUGUCCCCGUACACUAAGUGGUUAUCCAAGGUGUCAGAGACUAAUGUCUUACUGGCUCCUCUGGGCUCCGGGGGCGUGGUCACAGUGGAUAUGGGAGGCUACGUCCGUGUGUGGGAGACCGGGCUGGACAAUCUACAGCGUUCCCUGAUGGAGUGGAGAAACAUGAUUGGGACAGAGGACGGCAGGCCAUUACAGAUCACCAUCCAGCGAGACAGUGAUCUGGACGUGACUGCUCCGAAACACGGCAAGGUUGAUCCCAACAACGACCCUCAUGUCGGGGGGAACCAGUGGGCAGGGGGAACAGGUGGCAGAGACACGGCGGGCCUGGGUGGCAAGGGCGGUCCGUAUCGUCUGGACGCCGGACACAAGGUGUACCAGGUGUCCCAGGCUGAGAAGGACGCGGUCCCUGAGGAAGUCAAGCGAGCCGCCAGAGAGAUGGGAGAAAAGGCCUUUAAAGAAAGGUUGAGGGAGAUCAACAUGAGUGAUUAUGAUGCCAACUCUUACGAGCGCUUCUCCAACGCUGUCAGGAGACAGGUCCAGUCUCUGAGGAUCAUCUUGGACAGUUUACAGGCUAAAGGAAAAGAGCGUCAGUGGCUGAAGAACCAGGCUGUAGGAGACCUGGACGACGCAAAGAUCAUUGAUGGGCUGACGGGAGAGAAGGCCAUUUAUAAACGCAGAGGAGAGCUGGAGCCUGAGCUCGGCAGUCCUCAGCAGAAGCCCAAGCGUUUACGCGUCCUGGCCGACGUGUCGGGCAGCAUGUACCGCUUCAAUGGCGUGGAUGGGCGCCUGGAGCGCUCCAUGGAGGCGGUGUGUAUGGUGAUGGAGGCCCUGGAGAACUACGAGCACAAGUUCAAGUAUGAUGUAAUAGGACACUCGGGUGACGGCUACGACAUCGACCUGGUCAGUGCUGACAAAGUUCCCAAGAACAACAAAGAAAGACUCAAAGUCCUAAAGACCAUGCACGCUCACUCUCAGUUUUGCAUGAGUGGGGACUUCACCCUGGAGGCCACAGAGUCCAGUAUCAGAGAGCUUUCCAGGGAGGAGGCUGACGAGCACUUUGUGGUGGUGCUGAGCGACGCCAACCUGGAGCGAUACGGCAUCAGACCUGAGCGCUUCGCUAACGUCCUCACAGCCGACCCACAGGUUCACGCCUUCGCCAUCUUCAUUGGAUCUUUGGGCAACCAGGCAGAAAGGCUGCAGAAAACUCUUCCAGCGGGACGAUCCUUCGUCGCCAUGGACACGAAGCAGAUCCCCCAAAUCCUGCAGCAGAUCUUUACCUCGACCAUGCUGUCCAGUGCCUGAGACUGACACACACAGAGUUUUUCUUAUAGCUGUGAUUGAACAAGCCAAUCGCUUACAGCGAGAAAAUCUCCUUUGCGACAUUUACGACUUCUUCGAUUUACGACAUCCUCGAUUUACCACGUCCUCGAUUGACAACGUUCUCGACGGCGUUUCGUGGUCACCAUCUCCCUUUAAAUGUAUCAAGAAAGCCUCAUCCAAUCAUUCUGACGUCCGGCGUUAAAACUAGCCAACUAGUUUGCUUGGGAGCUGGUUGGCAAGUGGCGCGCACGUAUACGUCGGUACGCAAGGCUACAUUCGGAAACAUUGCGUUAUGGCUCCCCGGCGUAAAUCAGACACGUCUGAUAGUUUUAUGUCCUAUAUUAUGACGUUAUCGCUGUGCUAGCGUAGGUGAGUGACAUAGCUACUUAUGUGCAGUAUGUACGCGCUGACUUACAGUGAAAAUCGAGUUGCGUUCGAACUCCGAUGUAAGUCGAGGACCGCCUGUAUUUUUAUUUGAAAGUGUUUUAAACAGUUUUAAUCAAACUGAUUGCUGUCGGAAAUGAUUGAUUAACGCAACUUAAUCACAUAAUAUAUUUUACGAUCCCAUAGAUCGUGUUUGUUUUUUAGGGGCGUCUCAUUAGCAUCUCGUCAUGUGAGUCAUAAUAGGGCAUUGGUGAUGACAUCACAGAUGGCCUAUUUGGAUCACAGCCCCCCCCCUCCCCCCGCUGGCUCGGAAUGCGUUACCUUUGUUGUUUCCGUCUUGGUUUCCGUCCUCUUUCGGCCUGUGAGCCUCCCUGGUCAGGGGUCGUGAACUGGAAACCUCAGUUCUUAUUUUGGACUUCCUGUUUAUCGUCCGUGUCAAAGGCAGGAGGUAGACACUUUGACUGGACGACGAGGACGACGACACCAGCAUCGCUGCUGCCAACUCCUUUUCUUCUCUUUACCCCAACGUUUAUGUAGAUUUGACCAAUAACACUGGGAUUUUUAUUUC